AUGCGCUUUAACACCAACGUAACACGUGUACACCAUGAUGACAGCACCGAUAAAUGGAUACUUGAGAUUAAAGGCUGUCCCGAUGAGGUAUUCGACAAGGUCAUCAUGGCAACAGGCACCAACCAGACGCCGAACUACCCUAGUAUCGCGGGCAUCGAAUCCUUCAGGGGGGAACAGGUGCAUUCAAAGUCUUAUAAGAGGCCUGAGAAAUUCGAGAACAAAUCCGUGUUAGUCGUCGGCCUUGGAAACAGCGGCGCUGACAUUGCAGUGUCCCUUAUUAAACAUGCCACCAAAAUUUAUGCCUCUCAUAGAAAGGGUUGCGUUAUCAUCCCUCGGAAAAAGAACGGCAAGCCCGUGGACCAUCCCCUUACCAUUCGCUUCAUGUCGUUUCACGCUCUCUUCGAUCGCUUCUUCCCGAAACUGAGCGAAGCUAUGCUCAAUUUCUUCAUCAGAAAACUGCAAGAUAGCGCCUUCAACAUCCGGCCUGAGUGGAAACUUUCACCUGCGCCGUCCAUCCGAACCAACUUCUUUGUUGUGUCAGACGAAAUCGUCCCCGCAUUGGAGCGUGGUGAUAUCGAAUCGGUACCUGGUAUCCGCAGGAUUGUCGGACCAUAUGAGGUUGAACUCACUGAUGGAAGGGUGCCCCACGUCGAUACCAUUAUUUAUUGCACGGGAUAUCAACCCAGCUUCAGUCUCUUGGAUCCCAAAGAUGACCCAAACAAAGACACCACGCCGGAGUGGGCCAAAACCGAUGGAUCCAGGGGCAAGCCGCUUCCGAGGCUGUACCAAAAUCUCCUGUCGCUCAAAUACCCGCAGUCCCUUGCGUUCAUGGGAUGCGUGGUCUUUCCGUCUCCAGCUUUCCAGCUCUAUGAUGUAGCUUCCAUGGUAGUCACGCAGAUAUGGAAGGGGAACUCGCCUUUGCCUCCUCAAGAGGAAAUGGAACGGGCGGUUGACAAGCAUCAUGCGUGGAUGGUCGAGCUGGCGAAAAAGGACACCGUCUUUGCCCAGCUAGUCAAUGGCCACGAGUGGACAGCUUGGGCCAACGAGAUGGCCGGUACCGGCAUAAAUGAGUACCUCGGAUGGGGCUGGAAAGGAUGGAAGUUUUGGUUGCAGGAGCCGCGGUUUUGCAAUCUCCUGAUGACUGGCGUCUACAGCCCUCAUGUUUUCCGGUAUUUUGAAGGGAAGAGAAAGAGGUGGGACGGGGCCAAGGCGGCGAUUGAGAGACUGAACGAGAGUCAAACUGGAAAGCUCAAGACUGUUUAG